CUGUUAACCAAAACAAAGCCGAAAACGUGCGUUUGACAGGUUCAAAAUUCAGAAUUCGGCUUAUCGAUUUCUCGCGUUUUCUGCAUUCGUGUUUUAAACUAAAUUGUAUUUCACACAUCAACGAUGGCUCUGUCUCCCGGUGCAAAGGAACGACUGGGCGUUGUGUUCGAAAUCGUCAAAACUACCUUCCAUUGGGGAUUCAUCCCGGGAGUUCUGUACCUUGGGUUCCGAAAAGGAUCCGAAGCGGGAGCGCCGCCCUUGUCCGUGAUGAGUUUGUUGUGGCAAUAAGCUGUUUAGAAUAAAAAUGAUGUAAUUACUCGUA